UUACACAAAGCUUCUUUCUCUUCCUCCCUCACUCUUUCUUUAGCCUGUGUGAACAAUGUCAAGUUAUUCAUACAGCUACAUUAUUAAAUAUAUCAUUAUCGGCGAUACUGGCGUAGGAAAGUCAUGUCUCCUCCUGCAAUUCACUGACAAGCGAUUUAUGCCGGCACACGAUUUAACGAUUGGUGUUGGUUUCGGUACGCGUUUCGUCACUGUGAAUGAUCAACAAAUUAAGCUGCAGAUCUGGGAUACGGCCGGUCAAGAGUCGUUUAGAACCAUCACGCGGAGCUACUAUCGUGGUGCAGCAGGUGCCUUGUUGGUUUACGAUAUUACAAGACGUGACACGUUCAAAAACCUGUCGACCUGGCUUGAAGAUGUACGUCAGCAUGCCAACCCGAAUACAGUCAUCAUGGUAAUUGGCAACAAAAGUGAUCUGGAAAGCAAACGCCAAGUGUCUCGGGAAGAAGGAGAGGAGUUUGCAAAAGAGAAUGGCUUGUUCUUCUUGGAGGCCUCUGCAAAGUCGGCGGAAAACGUGGAGGAGGCAUUCCAGACAACGGCACAGACCAUCUUCAAAAAGAUCCAGAGCGGGGCAAUCGAUCUGUCGAGCGAGUCAAACGGAAUCAAGCUUGCACCUCCACAGGGCGGAUCGUCAUUGCCAUCAGCCAAUGCCUCUUCUGGAGGUGGCGGAUGCUGCUAGAUGCCCUUUAUAGACAAUCCGACUUUCCUCUCUCACUUUACACUUCUUUAUAUUUUUUUGCGAAACAGUACACUCGGCUAUGAUGGUCUCUUUUCGCGUUCUUCCAAAGAGACAGAUUAUUGGGACCAAGGAAAAAAUUACACCCCAUCAAGAACAGACGCACCACCCCAAUAUAUCUUUUGUAACUAAGACGUUUGUUCACCUAUUUCAUAUACAUUAUCUACUCAUACCUCUCUUUCUCUCUUUCAACUUUUAUCUCUUCUCUUUCUUCCCUUAUUACUUUUGUAGUGAUCAUCCAUUUAACAUUUCCCUUUCUUUUUCUCUCAUUACUACUAUUCAUAAACAAGCAAACUUUGGCA